AUGUUGCCCGUUGAACCCGAAGCUGCCGACAUACAGGCUCUCCCUUACAGGAGUGUAUUGCCCCGUGACUCGCUAGCACCCCCGUCGCUGUCCAAUUUUGUACCAGAACGCCAAACAGUCGAAAGUGAGCCUGCCGGCCAGAUUGCAGAGUUGGAAGCCCAAGCAUUACCAACUGCAUCUUCUGCAAGCCGGGAGCUGCCUGAAGACGAUGGCAUGGGCAACCUUCGGCGGCGGAUCAAAGACGUCCAGGCAAGAGAAGCAGCACCGCCAGAGAAAGCUCGGCUGAUGCACGAUCUCCUAAUGGAGGGUUACACACGAGCUCGCUUAGCCCAGUUACCUCUUCGACCUUUGACACCAUUGAGCCCAACAGUGGAGGCUACGAUCGAAGAGCCGUCGGCACAUCUUGGCCCUUUGGAAUCACUGAGGUUUUGGCAUGGUUCGCAUGCGCCCACUCCGCCUACCGCACUGAAAUUCAGUCUUACCGAAGGGGACUUGCGGCCGACGUUUGUACCGAAAGCUAGAGACGCUAAGGAUAGCCAGCGAGAAAGAGGAGAGAGUCUCGCCGCAGGCGUUGAAGAAGAGCACUUUGGCUGCGCACAUUAUCGGAGGAACAUCAAAAUGCAGUGUUUUACCUGCGAGCGGUGGUAUACAUGCCGGUUAUGUCACGACGAAGUCGAGGACCAUGUUCUGCCACGAAGAGACACAAAGUUUAUGCUCUGCAUGCUUUGUGGCCAUCCGCAGCACUGCAGCGACGUUUGCCAUAAUUGUGGAGAGUCUGCCGCCCGAUACUACUGUAAUAUCUGCAAGCUCUGGGAUGGCGCCCCAGACAAGAGCAUAUAUCACUGCAACGACUGUGGUAUCUGCCGUGUGGGAGAAGGUCUCGGCAAAGACUUCUUCCACUGCAAGGUCGUUACCAUGAAGUGCGGUCACACCAUACACGAUGACUGUCGGGCAGAGUACAUCAAGAGCUCCUACAAGUGUCCGAUCUGCAAUAAGAGCGUCGAGAAUAUGGAAAGCUUGUUUCGCCGCCUGGACAAGCACCUCGAAGAGCAGCCGAUGCCUGAGGAGUACACAAAUACGCGAGCCGUUAUCUUGUGCAACGACUGUGAAGCGAAAACGACGACAAAGUACCACUGGGGCGGUCUCCGGUGUGAAGUUUGUCUGUCCUACAACACCGUCGAGCUCCAUCUGUUGAACAGCCCCAAGUCUCAUGGCGAGACGGGCAACGAGCAGGCUAGUGACCGCAACAAUGCCAGUCCCGGUGAUGCGAGUCAUGCCAAGGGAAUUGCCGACGACCAGGCAGAAUCAUCGGAAGCGCAGCUUGGCUUGACACCAAAUGUCCCCAUCGCCCGUGAUACUCUUCACCCCAGACUGAUGCCAUCGCCGCCCCUGUCCUCCAGCCCGCUCGCUAGCGACUGGCUUGGCCGAUCGCCGCCGAACAUGACGUUCCGGGCCGUCUCUCCGGCGAUCAUGACUUCUUCGGCGACUGUGCCUGUAAUGGCGAUGCCGCCCCCGGGAUAUGGGCGGGACGGCUUUGAGCCGGAUGAUGAUAACGCGUCGGACAUGGAGGACGACAUUUUGGGGUUUUGGCGACCACUUCGUCGCAGCGGACGUGUUCGAAAUGGGGUCAUGCUGCUGAUCACGGCGGUGAGGGCCCCGAAAAAGGACUAUUCUGUGCCUCAUCAGCACUCCAGCCGUUCUGACUCUUGUCUAUACUGA